AUGGAGGAUUUCACCUCUACAAUCCAGGCCACCCCCACAAAGAGGCUUUUCCUCCGGAAGAUCCGUAAGGGGUUUGCCCUGAAAGACCUCGAGAUAGCUGAUUAUCAGCGAAAAAUCAGCUCUUUAGAGGCCCAGUUGGAGGCUGCCCGCCCCCGGAAGCGCAAGUCGUUACAUCCGGACCCUAAUGAGACCUUUCUUUCCGGGCGCCAGAUUUAUAGACAAAGGGAGGGGCUUGAGGAGGUUGAAAGUGGUGUUAUCAUGUGCGUGCGCCUAAAAUUGAGUGGUGCAGAACAGGGGUGGUGCGGAACAGGGGUCUCUGACUUACCCCGGGCGAGGCCCCACGAGCUUAUUCUAUAUCCACAAACCGGUAGGGGUGCCAAAAAACUUGAAAACCGCUACCACCGAACAGGGCCUAAGGAAUGGUCACUCCAAGAUGCGGUCCUUAAAUUUGCGACGGUUAACGGCGAAACGAAGUAUCAGCUCGAGUUUAGCCAAGGCCGUUGCCCGGAUCACGAAUGCAAAAACGCUUCACCUCGCCACCAACAACGAAGGCCGCCGGCUAAAAGAUACCACCUGGCAGGUCAAAGCCCCGCAUCAAAAGCGAGUGUUCCCACGCCCGCAAAUGAGAAGGAAUGGGAGGUUGAGGAGAUACUGGCUUCACGCACCAACUAUAAGAAGCUUCAAUAUCGGGCCAAAUGGGUCGGCUGGGAAACCGACGAAACGUGGUACCACGCCGAGGGAUUUAAGGGAAGCCCUCACCUUAAACAGUACCACCAGAAUUACCCGGAGAUGCCAGGACCCCCUGUCCGGCUUGAGCAGUGGCUUAGGGCCCACGAAGACGGUGUAGACGUUGAGCAUCAUCCCGAAGACAACAAGCCGGUAGCCGGCGCCACCAGGGCAAAGGAGCCCUGA